AUGCCCAGCGUCCGCCUUGGCUUCGGCCUCCUGGCGGCCCUGGCAGCGGGUGGUGUUGUCGCCCUGCUCAGCUACUGCGUCUACCUAGACCGAAGGCGGCGCAGAGACCUGGCGAUCCGGCGCUGCCAGCGGGACCAGAGAAGAGCUGGACAGCCCAAGACCCAGGCGCAGGCCAGGCAGUUAUGGGAUCCAGCAAAGAAGGAGAAACUACAAGAAUUUUUUUUGCAAGAGGUGCAAAUGGGAAAACUUUGUUUAGCUAGAGGAGAGCACGGAAUGGGGGUUGAACAUCUCACCAAUGCCCUUUUAGUGUGUGGGCAACCCAAGGAACUUCUGACGUUUUACAAACACACACUCCCUCCUGAAGUAUUUCAGAUGCUACUGUACAAAAUUCCCCUUAUCUGCCAGGUGAGCACAUACUUAAUUAUCCUGUGA